AUUUCCAUUUUUCGGUUGCCCAUCUUUAUUAUUAUUUUCUUUUGCCUGCACUUCUUCUCCCGCUUCUCUCCAACGAACGGAGUCGUUUCGCGCGCGUCCUCUUGCUUAGACCACGUUUCCCCCGUUGUUUACAUCGGCUGUGUCUCCGCUGACAGCUCACACCCACGUCACUUCUCAUCCCAACUCUCAUCAUCAUCCUCUCUCUCUCUCUCUCUCUCUCUCUCUUCAGGUCCGCCAUUAAUGGUACCUCACAAACCCUAACCCUACCAUUUCAUGUCCACGCAAUCGACCACGGCAAGCAUCCGAGCAUUCACUUGCCGACCAAACCUCUCAUGGCGAGAGACCAACGAGAACCCGAUGCCGCGGCGGCCCCCUGCCGAAGCCUGGUGGUCGGGAACUAUUGCCACGACGUCCUAAUGCGCGACGGCGUCGUUUUGGCCGAGACCCUAGGCGGCGCCACCUCCUUUAUCUGCACCGUCCUCGACGGCCUCUCCAUCCCCUCCCAUUGCAUCGCCAAAGUUGGGUCGGACUUCGCCUACCCGGUGUCUCAUAGCCCGGUCGCUGUGCCCUCGUCGGCGACCACUCUCUUCCACGCCCAUUUCUUCUCGGAGCUACAAUCGGAUGCGCACGGGGACCGGGUCCUCAAGCGGGUCCGGGCCUGCGAUCCCAUUUCCCCGUCAGAUCUCCCCGAAAGCCGAUUCGCCUUCGGAAUGGCGGUCGGCGUUGGGGGAGAAAUAUCUCCGGAAACCCUAGAGCGGAUGCUGGAUAUCUGCGAUGUUGUGCUUGUUGACAUUCAGUCCUUGAUUAGAGAAUUUGAUCCUUCUGAUGGAACUGUGAAGCUUGUAAAUUUGAAAGAGAGUGGAUUCUUCCACCUGCUGCCGCGAGUUGGGUUUUUGAAGGCUUCGGAGGAGGAAGCUCCGUUUUUGGAUGUGGAGGAGGCAAGGAAGUGCUGUUGUGUUAUUGUGACGAAUGGGGAGGACGGUUGCACGGUGUACUGGCAGGGUGAAGAGUGGCGCAUUUCGCCUUUUCCGACUGUUCAGGUUGAUCCUACAGGUGCUGGAGAUAGUUUUCUCGGCGGAUUUGUUUCUGGGCUGGUUGAGGCAUUGGCUGUGCCUGAUGCUGCUUUGUUGGGGAACUUGUUUGGGUCGCUGACUGUCAGCCAAAUUGGGCUGCCCAAGUUCGACUCAGGGAUAUUGCAGAGAGUCAAGGAUGAGGUGCAGAGAAGGAAGAUGCAAUACAUUGGCUGCAAUGAAAGAAGAAAAAACAGUGAUAUGAACUUUACAAAGCCAGUUGGACACAAACAGUUCCAUGCAUCCCUUAGCACAGCCAGACUAAUAUCCGCCUCCCUCACCGAGGACUGUCAAUGGGAUUUACAAGACUCUACCCCUAAAGCUGUAGAGGAGAGCAUGCACCCCCAAUGCAGUGGACAGCAGAGGUUAUCUAUUAAUACUGUUUAUGAAGAACCCAUUCAAUCUGUUGAUGGUAGACCAUAACACAGCUUCAGAUUCUACCCAAAGAAGGGUAGAAAUAAAAGUGAAUAGAUCUUUAAAAAUUGUCUUCAAUAAUUUGGCUGGAGCAGAGACAGCUGCAAAAAGGGCUUUAUAGCAGUUAAAACCUUGGGGGUGAGGGGAGGUUACCUGUUCUUGAAAAAACCUUAAGGCGAAUUCCCACUUGAUUGUUAUAAUUAUACAUUGAUAUGCGCCAUUUAACUGUUGAAAUAAUCAUAGCUUUUAAUUUUUCA